CUCAGCCACGCUUCAUUCAGACGACACACAGACACCCUGCAGGGGCCACACGUCACCCUCAUGGGGAACCAGAAGAAUCCCUGGAUCUCUGCUCUGGUCUUGGUGGGUCUUCUACACAAAGUUACUGGACUAUCCAAUACCCAGGUGUGUAACCCAGCUGUAAGUGACACUAUACACAACUAUGGUGUGAAAACCCUAAAUGGGACCCAGUACAUCCCAUUCUCCCAUUAUGCUGGAAGCUAUGUCCUCAUUGUCAAUGUGGCCACCUUCUGAGGACUCACCUUCCAGUAUGUGGAAUUGAAUGCACUGCAACAAGAGCUCCGAGAUGUUGGAUUCACUAUCCUCGGGUUUCCAUGCAACCAGUUUGGGAUGCAAGAGCCUGGAAAAAAUAUUGAAAUUCUUUCUGGAUUAAAGUAUGUCCGUCCAGGCAAUGGAUUUGUUCCAAAUUUCCAGUUAUUUGAGAAGGUGGAAGUGAAUGGAGUCAAUGAACACGCUCUUUUCACAUUUUUAAAGAAUGCCUGCCCACCUGUGGGAGACAGCUUCGGUAACCCCACCAACAGAUUGUUUUGGGAACCUCUCAAAAUCAACGACAUCAAGUGGAACUUUGAGAAGUUUCUGGUGGGUCCAGACGGCAGACCUGUAAUGAGGUGGUUUCCCAGAGUGAACGUAUCUGAAGUUAGGGCAGACAUCUUGAAAUACUUCCAUCAGCUUGUUCAAACGGCUGAUUAACUUUCAUCUCUCUCUCCAGCAUAAAAUGUGUUAAAAUAGUCAAAACAGGGUUUCUGCAGGUUUUAUGAAGGGAACUUUAAGACCCUUUUAAAAACAGUUAAAGAAAAUGUAAGGAAUAAAUUAAAGGAAAUGCAAUAUGUUCUCUAAAUCUUAACGUCUAGGGAACCUCGGUUGUUCUAGUUUUCCAUUGCAAAUGUCUUAAGAGUCUUAAAACAGGAUGUACAGAAAAGCAAAAAUAUAAAUUUUGGAUUGGCUCAGAAAAAAUUAACUUAAAAAAAAAGUUUUUAUACCCCAUUGUGAGAUAUUUGUUGUAAAUGUAUCUUGAUGAAAGCAUGCUUAGAUAUUUGUAUUGGAAAAAAAAGACAAAAAUAGUGAGGAAUUUGAUCUUUUUUUUCUCAAGUGCAUGCAACAUUUAAUGCCAUUAUUUAAUGAAUUUAAGACUUUCUACUCUGAUUUAAGGCCUUAAUUUGUGGAAGGGCGAAGUAAGACUUUUUAAGACCCGCAGAAACCCUGUAAAAGCAAGAUUACAUGUGGCAAAGUUAAAAACCUUUGUGAAUUGGAUUGUUGUUACAAGAAUUUGAACAGCAUGAAAUUGUAAUAAAAUAAUUCCUAGACUGCUCCUUCUAGAGGCUGUCAAUGGGUCGGUUUGGAGACUGGCAUGUUGAUGACGGGAAGGCUUGAAAACAGACACUCUGUGGUGCCUGACCUGAGGUCGAGGGACAGCGGGCAGCUCUUUAGUGCAUUCAGGCUGCUCUGCUGUUGCUUUUCGAUCAUGUCUUAUCUCCUAAACAAUCCUUUGAACUUGCUGCAGCCUCUGUGGACGUUCAGUAAAUAAAGAUUGUAAUGCAAGAAAUAAAAUGUUUUCUUCUGGUUA